AUGGCUGAACAUUUAAAAAAUAAUAAAAUUGUAGUUACAGGUGCAACUGGUUAUAUAGCAUCAGCAAUUAUUAAAGAAUUAUUAUUAGAUGAUGAAAUUGAAAAGGUCGUUGCAAUUGUUAGGGAUAAAAGUAAUGUUGAUAAACAUAAAUUCCUUUUAGAAUUAAAGAAUGCAGAAAAGAAAUUAGAGAUCGAAAGUGGUGACCUUCAAAAUGCCGAUUAUGAUAGUAUAUUCGCAGGUGCAACAGGUAUUUUACAUGUUGCAUCACCUUAUGUCUAUAAAGCAGACAAUGCACAACGUGAUAUCAUUGAGCCAGCAAUCCAAGGUAAUUUAAGAGUAUUGGAAGCUGCAUCACGUCACCAAUCAACUAUUAAAAAGGUGAUUAUUACAUCAUCGACUGCUGCAAUAAUUGAUUUAGAGAAAAAGAAAGAACAAUAUGAUGAAUCUGAUUGGAAUGAUAGUUCAAACAUUUCCAAUCCAUAUAGUUAUAGUAAAUAUUUAGCAGAGAAAGCAACAUGGUCCUAUAAGGAGAAUAAUGCCGAUAAAGUUAAAUCAUUUGAAAUUAUCAUCAUUAAUCCUGCCUUUGUAUUAGGUCCACCAGUUGAAGGCUAUCCAAGUUUAAAUACAAGUUUAACAACUUUUAGAAAUUCUCUAAUGAACAUUGGUGAUAAAGUGGUGACCAAUAGAAUGGUUGGUUUAAUUGAUAUUCGUGAUGUUGUAAAAGCUCAUAUCAAAGCAUUGAAAUCCACUGAAAAUUUCGAUCAUAAAAGAUACCUAAUGGCAAAUACUGUAAUUUCUUUUGCUGGUAUGGGUGAAUUAGUUAAAGAAAUUUUCCCACAAUAUCAAAUCGAUCCAACACCAAUUGAUCCCUCAAUUCAAGUUCACCAACAUAAAUUAACUUCAAUUUCACCAUUAAAAUUAACUGAACCAUAUAUUGAUCUCAAAACUACUUUAACUGAUUGUGUAAAUUACUUAAUUAAUUCUAAAAAUUUUAAUCCAAAAUUAAAACAAUAA